AUGCGUGAAUUCACAACUGAUAUUGAUAAAUCAAAAGCAAUUGAAUUGUUUAAAAGUAUGGCGGAAAUGGGCAACGAAUCUACGCAAUAUAUUUUAGCUAUAUGUUAUCAAAAUGAGGAAGAAGAAAUCAAGGCAUUCGAAUUAUAUCAAACAUUAGCCGAGAAUUGA